GUCCGCUGACUCCGGCCGGGUUCCCGUGCCGCGUCCAACACCCCUCACUCCCUGUCUCACUCCCCCACGGAGACUCAAUUUACUUUCCAUGUCCACAUUCCCAGUGCUUGCGGAAGAUAUCCCGCUAAGAGAGAGACAUGUCAAAGGUAGGGUAGAUCCACAUUUCCAGGCACCAAAGAUGGAGAUGUUCCAGGGGCUGCUGCUGUUGCUGCUGCUGAGCAUGGGCGGGACAUGGGCAUCCAAGGAGCCGCUUCGGCCACGGUGCCGCCCCAUCAAUGCCACCCUGGCUGUCGAGAAGGAGGGCUGCCCCGUGUGCAUCACCGUCAACGCCACCAUCUGUGCCGGCUACUGCCCCACCAUGACCCGCGUGCUGCAGGGGGUCCUGCCGGCCCUGCCUCAGGUGGUCCUGCCGGCCCUGCCUCAGGUGGUGUGCAACUACCGCGAUGUGCGCUUCGAGUCCAUCCGGCUCCCUGGCUGCCCGCGCGGCGUGAACCCCGUGGUCUCCUACGCCGUGGCUCUCAGCUGUCAAUGUGCACUCUGCUGCCGCAGCACCACUGACUGCGGGGGUCCCAAGGACCACCCCUUGACCUGUGAUGACCCCCGCUUCCAGGCCUCCUCUUCCUCAAAGGCCCCUCCCCCCAGCCUUCCAAGUCCAUCCCGACUCCCGGGGCCCUCGGACACCCCGAUCCUCCCACAAUAAAGGCUUCUCAAUCCGCA